AUGAAGCUAAUUGAUUUAUAAGAAAAUGAAAGUAGUCCUACAAUUAUUUCUAACUAAAGAAAAUAAGUUUUAAGACAAGAAAUGGUUAAAUUUAUGCUUUAAGCUGCUUCUCACUUGAAAAUAUCUACUAAAACUCUUGGCAAGGCACUUUAUUUAGUUACUGCUUUUGAUAAGAUUUAUGGGAAACAUUUUGACUAAACUCUUUGCUGUAUGUCAGCGAUUUACUUAGCCUCUAAACUCGAUGAUAAUUAGCUAGAAGUAGAUAAUUGUAUAAAAUAAUAUACACUUUUAUCUCAUAACUAAAAAAAAUAUCAUAGAAAACUGUCGUUUGACUAAUUGGAAACAGAUGAUGAUUAAUUGGAAAUUCUGAAAAUGAGUCUAUUUGAAAUGGAAACUGAAUUACUUCUAUCAAUAGGUUUUAAUCUUAAAAUAAGAGUUCCUCAAGAGUAUUUAGAAUUUUAUUAGAAAAAAUUUUCAAAGUACAUAGAGAAACCUAUAUUUGAAGCUGCUAAUACUAUACUUAACGAUUCAUAUCAACUUAAUGUUUGUAUAACUCACAGGCCAGACCAUAUAGCUAUAGCGUGCUUAUACAUAUCAAUGUCAUUAUUUAAAAAGGCUGAUCUUUAAAUCAAUACUCCUAACUUAGAUAAGUUCAAUCUAUGA